CCACUCUUCUCCAGCAGCAGCCACGACAUAGAACACGGUCUACACGUAUACCCUACAGCCAGAUUCUUGCGUACAUAUAACUAUCUCGCUUGGUUCCGCCUGUCUCGCUCCUGUGUACACUAUGAGCUUCUUCCGGUCAUCCAAUAACCCUACUCCUCCGCAACCCCCAUACUCCCGUCUCCCUGCAAGCGGCAGUGCCGCGCAUUUCCAAAGGGAACACGAUGCUGGAAGCCGAUCUCAACGCAUACAAACACCGCGCUACGAUGAUGGUGCUCUUGCUGAGAAAAGAGGUUAUGAUCAGCGAACGCAUGCACGGAUGGGCUCAACAUUCGUGGUAGCCUCAGCUCCCAGCGAUGCACUUGCUCUAUCCAAUUGUCUUAUCGUACACCCUUCCGACUUCACACAAGGCCAGCAUGUACUCGUGAAGCAAGCGUUCCCUCUGACAACGAAACACGACGACACUGGUCGACUAUCGUCAGGUUCUAUCGGUGCUUCGGCCGUGCAACGUCAAUGGAUUGGUCUGUCGCUCACCGGCGACGAAGUCACCGUCGAGCCACUCUCUCCCUCUCCUCCUUACCUCCAAUCAGUUGAUAUUGAAGUCGGCUUCCUGCGGCGUGGACAUGAGAUCGCCGAACAAUUCUCUGCGGAUGAGAUGUCUCACAAUUUCUUGAAGGCGUUUAGCGGGAUCGUACUCGCGGUCGGCGAGAUCCUCGUCUUCGAGUUUCACGGACAGAACUUGAAGGCGACUGUGAAGGCGCUUCAUGUAGUCGACCUUCCCAACCAACCGGGGAAAGCUUCCCACGCGCCGACUUCAUAUGGGGUCGUGAUGGAGAGGACAGAUGUAACGUUCUUGAAGGCGAGCGAUAGCGCGAUCAAGAUCAAGUCCAGCGCGAAGAAAGCCCCACCAAAUGCCAUCCUUGCACCGAACUUCAGGUUUGAAGACAUGGGUAUUGGCGGUUUGGACGAGGAGUUUGGCGCAAUCUUCCGUCGUGCCUUCGCCUCGCGUGUCUUCCCUCCAGCGCUCGUUGAAAAACUCGGCAUCCAACACGUGAAAGGUAUCCUCCUCUACGGGCCACCGGGUACUGGCAAGACGCUGCUGGCGAGACAAAUCGGGAAGAUGUUGAAUGCCCGCGAGCCCAAGAUCGUCAACGGCCCGGAGAUACUGAACAAGUACGUAGGCGCAUCAGAAGAGAACAUUCGGAAACUCUUCGAGGACGCGGAGAAGGAGUACAAGGCGAAGCAUGACGAGAGCGGACUGCACAUUAUCAUCUUCGAUGAGCUGGACGCCAUUUGCAAACAGCGUGGCUCAACUAGUGGAGGGACCGGUGUCGGUGAUAGCGUCGUAAAUCAGCUUCUAUCCAAGAUGGAUGGUGUCGACCAAUUGAACAACGUCCUCAUCAUCGGUAUGACGAACCGACUCGACAUGAUCGACGAGGCGCUGCUCCGUCCUGGACGUCUGGAGGUGCACAUGGAGAUCUCCCUCCCAGACGAGCACGGUCGCUUGCAGAUCCUGAACAUCCACACUGCGAAGAUGCGGGCGAACAAAGUGAUGGCAGACGACGUCAACCUGGAGGAACUUGCCGCACUGACGAAGAACUUCUCUGGCGCGGAGAUCAAUGGACUGGUCAAGAGUGCGACGAGUUUCGCCUUCAGCCGGCAUGUUAAGGUCGGAACGUUAGCGGGCAUCUCAGACGAUAUCGAGAACUUGCGGGUCAGUCGGGAAGAUUUCAUGAACGCGCUCGAGGAAGUACAGCCUGCGUACGGUGUUGCGAAGGAAGAGUUGGAGCAAGUCGUCCAAAACGGCAUCAUCCACUAUUCACAGGUCGUUGACGAUAUUCUCCGUUCUGGGAAGCUCUUUGUCGACCAAGUGCGCACAUCAACGCGCACGCCGCUCGUCAGCAUCCUGCUGCACGGCCCGCCAGGCGCUGGCAAGACAGCGCUGGCCGCGACGAUUGCGCAAGCAUCGCAAUACCCUUUCAUGAAACUUCUCUCGCCGGACGACAUGGUCGGCUUCUCUGAGGCCAUGAAGGUCGCUGCUAUCAACAAGACUUUCUCAGACAGCUACAAGAGCCCGCUGAGCGUCAUUGUGGUGGAUAACUUAGAGCGACUACUGGAUUUUACGCCCAUUGGGCCGAGGUUCUCGAACUCUGUCCUGCAAGCCCUCAUGGUGCUCUUUGGGCGGAGACCACCGAAGGGCCGUCGCCUCUUUAUAAUCGCUACCUCUUCACUACGACCCGUCCUGACGGACCUCGGUCUGUCAGAAGCAUUCGACUCCGAGCUGCGCGUACCGCCCAUCUCGAGCUUGCGCGCUGUCGAGCACGUUUUGGAUGAACUUGAGCUCUUCCCAAGCACAGAGGAGCGGCGCAAGACGAUUCGCAUGCUGGAGCAGGCCGGGUUCGGCAGCUCUGAGACGGAUGAGGACGAGACCAUGUCGAAGCUGAACAUUGGCAUCAAGAAGUUGUUGAGCACUGCAGAGAUGGCAAGGCAGGAGCCCGAGGCGAUCGGGGAGAGAUUGACACAGGCGUUGAUGGGCUUGGGCAUGUAGAAUUGGUCAUGCAGUUUUCUAUGACCUGGUGGUUUCCUAUGACCUGCCAGCUUGCAUGUCAUUGACUUCAGCACAAUGAAACAGUUCCAAACAAUGCAAAUGCGCCGGAGACUCCUUCGUUC